UAUAUUUAUUUACUAUAAAAGUAAUUCUAUAGAUUUUCUUUCGUUAGACACCACCAAUCAAACAAGCAAGGAUGAUGCUACAUGCUUUUCCUCCAAUGGAUUUCUCUGUGGAUGUGAGCUUUGAGAUGCAAGUGAAUAAUAACUGUGACCUUUGCGACCAAAAAGUAACGGAAAUUAUGCAUUCUAUCAUUGCUGUUUACUCUGUGACUUAUGGCAAUAUAAUGAAGCUGGAGGCUAGAGCUAACCCUAAUUUGUUUAUGGCGGUUGUUUAUAAGUAUCGCGAUCACGGCAAGAUCAUAAGGCUCCACUUUGAAGGCGCACCUAUCGCUCCUCAACCUGGAGAAGGAAUAGGAGGAGGAGGCUAUUACAACGCCCCUGUUAAUUAUCCAUACCAUUCUCCUUAUGCUCCACAGCAGCAGCUUCUCCCUGGAAACUUUGGUUAUCCGAUGUUGAAGCCGCCUCCGCCACAGCAGAAGGAGGCUCCAGAAGGGGUGUAUAAGCAGCAUACUGUGCCUCCUCCUUUUGCUAUGCAGCCGCCACCGCCAAUGCCGUUGUCUAGUUACUCUUACAUUGAACCUCCGUAUUGGCCGGCCGCUCCGCCGAGUGGUGGUAAGUGUGUGAUUAUGUGAUGUGUGACGAAGAGUGGAGCUCUUAUUUUGUCUCACAAGCUGCCUUUUGGUUUAUAUUCGUGAUCGCUGUUUUAGAAAAUGCGAUUGCGUUUAUAGACAAAGUGAAUUUCUGAUUGUGUUUUCUUUUGUCUGAACAACAGUUAUAAAAGACAAAUCGUUGACUAGUGCCUAAUCUGUUUGA